AUGGAAUCGAAAGAUGCUGUUAUAAAACAGGUUAGAAACUUUUUCUUCUUUUGGAAUUUCCAUAUUUUCGCGCCCAGGCUUCAAUAGAGUCGGCCAAUUCUGAGCUCUAUGAGGAUGUGCCGUUUUACGUUCUUGACGCUCUGCGAAGAAGUGGGAAGAACCCAGUUUCUCUUGCGUUGGAGCUGGGGAAACAGGCAAAUCAUAUUUUUGAGACUAAACUCAUUGUAGUUUUCAGUUAGAGGAAGAUGACCUUGUCUUUGAGUUCUUCUGUGUCAAUGAUAAGUGACUUGAUUUUUUCGUGCAAGCUUGUUCGUUUCAAGAAGUUUCGUGUGUUGCGCCUUAGUUUUCGGACGAAAAAUCUCCGGAAAGGCAAUGGCGCAGAAAAAGUUGGCAAAAAUCUCGUGUGCAUUGAAAUGCUUGUCUGUAAGUCGCCAGAAGUCCUCUCAAUAUAACUUGAAUUCAGGAGCAACUUGGCUACCUGAACACCAAACAGACUGUUAAAGUGUUCUUCGAGAAUAAUACAACUUUGUUCGAACUUGUUCGCCAACACACUUACGCCAAAUUCUAUCAGUUCGUUCUCAUAUAUCAAAAAUAAUUUUAUUCUCGAUUUUCAGACUAGCUCAGAAACAACCGCUUGCCUUUGGGACGGAGAAUAUCAUAUCUUCCAUUUUUCUCAUGGACAGCUCCAGCAAAAAAAUGAAGAUUAUUUCGCUCGCCACUGGCACAAAGUGCAUUAUUGGUACAGAUUUAAUGAAAAUUUCUACUUUUUUUUCUCGCUCAGGAACGAAUGUGAGCUGCUCAGGAAGCACAGUCAUGGACUGCCACGCUGAAAUUUUGGCUAGGAGAGGCUUAUCGAGGUUUUCAGUGUAAUCAAUUUUCAUUAGCAAUUCUGAAAAGAUUCUUGUACGCUCAACUUAUGGCUUAUCUUCAUGAUCGAAGAAGUUCCAUUUUCGUCGAAGGAUCUCAUGGUCAGUAGUGAAAAAAAAGUUGUGAAGCCUUGAUUAUCAGGCCGUCUCUCGAUUCGUCCAUCCGUCUCCUUUCACCUAUUUGUGAACUCAGCUCCUUGUGGGGCUUCACGAAUUAUGGUAAAAAUCGUUCCUAAGGCUUGGCAGAAAGUAAAAAGCUCAGAAGAACGUAUAUUCUGAUGAGAGCGGUGUGAUGAAGCUGCGCUUUAAGCUCGACAAAGGUGCGACUGAUCUGUGACGGACGGACAGAUCGGAUUUCAGGAAUGGGGACGGUUCUGGGCCGAGGUGAAGAGAUGGACCUCCAGACGAUUGAUGGAAUCUACUGCGGAGACCGCCUGAGGACCAUGUCCUGCUCGGACAAACUUCUUCGCCAUAAUGUCCUUGGCGUCCAAGGAGCGCUUCUUUCGCACUUUAUCAACCCGGUUUGUAUGAUUUGAAAAACAGAAUCUUUCGUCCGGUUUUCCAGUUUUUUGUGUCUAAUAUAUAAUAAUCUUUCGCCUGGAAAGUAGUGUUUUCCAGGUAUAUUACUCGUCCAUCGCGGUGGCGGACAAGAUGGACGUGAGGCGGAUGGAAGAGGCACUCGUUCAAAGAAUCAAGACGUUCCAACCUCCGGAGCCUUUCCACGUCAACAAGAUAUUCGUCGCAGAGUGUCAGGUAAUCGUGAACUCUGCAUUGAAGAAGGAACUUUCUCGUACUCAGUCGAACGAUGCGAAAAUCGAGCCAAUAAUCAAAAUGUCGUCAGUGUCCAUGAAUUGGAAUCUGGCUGACGGCGACGUCGAACUCAUUUCCACGACGACGGGCCGAAUCAAGACGGAGGAAGGGACACCCGAGGGCCAUCAAGGCGACUCGAGGCUGUCCAAAAGACAAAUGGGUCGUCUUUUUGCCAAGGUUCGUCGUCGCAACUAUUUUGUUAUUUGUUCGUUGCUCAUUAAAUUUUGGAUGUUUCUUCAAAAUUUACACGAGAAAAAGUGUACAAUUUUUCAAUAGUUUGAGUUCGCAAAGUUAACAAUUUUCAAUUCAUUAAUUUCUUAUUUGAAAUGAUAUUUGAAACAAAAGCAAUUAGCUUUUUUUUUUAUCAAUUUUAUUGGUUUUUAGGAAACCGAUUAUUUUUGGAAAUUUUUCUCACCCUGUUUGCAGACAUCAAGUUUACUGGGAGCCCCAAUAUCUGCGAAGCAAACUUAUGAAAAUUUAAAACUAAACUGUAAGCAUUACGAAGACGCCAAAUCUUCUCUAAUAAAUUGGUAUGUUGGAAGUUACUCAGCCGAUAAAUUUCCGACUUUUCCAGGCUGCGACAGAACGGCUACGGUGUUUGGCAAACAAAGCCAUCCGAAAUUGAAAUGUUUAAUUUGAACGGGCCUCGAUAG